UUUCGGCUCCUUUCGGAUCGGCUCGGCUCAGUUCGGCUCGGUUCGGCCCGGACCACGAUGCGCCGCUGCAGCUGAAGCCUCUCCCUGUCGCCUGCAACUUUUUCCCUCCUCUCCGGCGGGCCAGCCGGUGCCCGGUGCCCGGGGAGAGGAGAAAAUGAACUACCUGAACGUGCUAGCCAAAGCGCUAUACGACAAUGUGGCCGAGUCCCCGGACGAGCUGUCCUUCCGCAAAGGGGACAUCAUGACCGUGCUGGAGCGCGACACACAGGGCCUGGACGGCUGGUGGCUCUGCUCGCUGCACGGGCGGCAGGGCAUCGUGCCGGGGAACCGCCUGAAGAUCCUGGUGGGCAUGUACGAGAAGAAGCCGGGCGGGACGCCCGGCCAAGGGCAAUUGCAGCCCCCCCACGCCUCUCAGGGGCUGUACUCCGGGCUGUCCCCGGCCUCGCAGUACUCCCUCAUGCACCCGGCCUACCAGUCACCCGGGGACAGCGUCUACCUGAUCCCGACUCCCAGCAAGGGCCCGGGGGGUGUCUACCCAGGCACCCCCACCUCCAGCAAGCAGCCGCCACUCUACCCGACGCAGAGCCCUCACCACCAGGUUCAGGGCCAGCCCCAGGAGUUCUACCAGGUGCCACAGUCAUCUCUGAACCCAGCCCAGGAGGUCUACCAGAUGCCCUCGGGGCCCGGGAGUCCACCCCAGGAUAUUUACCAGGUGCCGCCCUCCGCCGGGCUGGGCCAGGAGAUCUACCAGGUCCCCCCAUCCUUGGACGCACGCAACUGGGACGGGAUGAAGCCGCCGGCCAAGGUUGUGGUGCCCACGCGAAAGGGGCAGAGCUACGUCUAUGAAUCGUCCAAGUUGGAGCAGGAUGAAUAUGACAUCCCCCGGCACCUCCUUUCCUCGGGGCCCCAGGAGAUCUACGACGUACCCCCGCUCAGAGGGCUGCCUACGAGCCAAUACAGCCUGGAGGUUUACGACACGCCACCGCUAGCGGUCAAGGGUCCCAACAGCCGAGACCCAUCCCUGGAGAUUUACGACGUGCCCCCCAGCAUAGAGAAGAGCGUGCCUGGGCAGCUGCAGAACCAUCACGCGGUAUAUGACGUCCCUCCGUCAGUAAGCAAGGAUGUGCCUGACGGCCCCAUCAGGGAGGAGACCUAUGACGUGCCCCCCGCCUUCGCCAAGCCGAAGCCCUUUGACCCGUCCCGGCACCCACUUGUCCUCAGCCACGCCUCCGGCUCCGCUCCCAGCACCACCUCAGAGCCCUAUCCCCCAGAAGACGUCUACGACGUGCCGCCUCCUGCCGGCAAGGGCGGCCCCGCCCCCACGCCCUGCGGCGCACGGGAGAUCUACGACGUGCCCCCCGGCCUGCGCAAACUGGCGACGGGCGGGCCCCUCUCCACCCCCCAGGACGUGUACGACGUCCCCCGGGACCUGGCACUGGGAUGCAGCCGGGCGGCCUCCGUGGAAGCGGAGGGAGAGUGCGUGUACGACGUGCCACCCCAGGUGGACCGGGAGGCCCGGCCAGGAGCCGACGCCAAGCGCCUCUCGGCUUCCAGCACGGGGAGCAACCGGAGCAACCUCUCCUCCUCUUCCCUGGACGUGGGGCCCGCCAGGGAAUCAGCCACCCUUAAGCCCCCUGUCGCGGGCCAGGAGCCUCUGCCCCUGGACCUGGACACCGCCAUGGAGGCACUGGUGAAGCUGCAGCACGGCGUGAGCGGUUCCGUCGCCCACCUCAUGUCCUUCGUCUGUGGCGGCUGGCAGAGCCCCGAGCAGGUGGAGCCGCAGGCGUCCGGCCUGCGGGAGGCGGUGGAAGGGGUCCGUGCCUCGGUCCGGGAGCUGCUGGAGUUUGCCCGGGGGGCGGUGGGCAACGCCGCCCAUUCGUCGGACCGCAGCCUGCACGCCAAGCUCAGCAAGCAGCUGCAGAAGAUGGAGGAUGUAUACCAGGCCCUGGUGAAGCACAGUCAGGCCCUGGACAGCUGCCACUGGGCAACGAGCGCCCUUGUGGCCGGAGGCCCGCCCGCCGGGGCGGCCGACGACCUGGACCGCUUCGUCACGUGUUCGCGGGGCGUCCCCGACGAUACCAAGCAGCUGGCCUCCUUCCUGCACGGCAACGCCUCUUUGCUCUUCAGAAGGACAAAGCAGCCCGGGGGAGACCCCAGGCUCGGCCCAGAGGGCGGGAGCCAGUCCCCCGCCAACCACUCCCACCCCCCACCUCCCGCUGGCCCCUCCGAGAAGGCCAGCAGCAUCCAGUCCCGACCUCUGCCCUCCCCGCCUAAGUUCACCAGUCAGGACUCACCCGACGGACAGGAUGAGGACAGCGAGGGCGGCUGGUUGGAGGACUAUGACUAUGUCCAUCUGCAGGGGAAGGAAGAGUUUGAGAAAACCCAGAAGGAACUGUUAGAGAAGGGCAACAUCAUGAGGCAAGGCAAAGGGCAACUGGAACAACAGCAGCUGAAACAGUUUGAGCGCCUGGAGCAGGAGGUGACGCGCCCCAUCGACCACGACUUGUCUCAGUGGACCCCCCCGCAGCACUACGCCCAGGUGCGGGGCGGGGGCCUGGGCUCCUCGGACCGCCAGCUGCUGCUCUUCUACCUGGAGCAGUGCGAGUCCAACCUGACCACCCUGACCAACGCCGUCGAUGCCUUCUUCACCGCGGUGGCCACCAACCAGCCCCCCAAGAUCUUCGUGGCCCACAGCAAGUUCGUCAUCCUCAGCGCGCACAAGCUGGUGUUCAUCGGUGACACCCUGUCCCGCCAGGCGAAGGCGCCGGACGUCCGGAGCCAGGUCACCCAUUACAGCAACCUGCUGUGCGACAUGCUCAAGGAGAUCGUUGUGACGACCAAGGCGGCUGCCCUCCAGUACCCUUCCCCGACGGCCGCCCAGGACAUGGUGGACCGGGUCAGGGAACUGGGUCUGAGCACCCAGCAGUUCAGGAGGGUGCUGGGGCAGCUGGCGGCCGCGUGAGGAGACUGGGGACGCGCUCCCCCGCCGACCCCCGUCCCCGUCCCACGUGGGCUUGGGCCGCCGCCGGACUCGGACAAGUGCUUGUGUCUGGUGAGAGAGAGAGAGACUGAAUCCAAAGGAAGGAGAGAGAAGCUCCCCGCUCUGCCCACCCCGGCUGCUGGAACCCUGUGGUCACGGACUGUAAAUGAAUCUGUACAUAUUUAAAAUAGCCAAGGAGGCUGAAGGCAGACUUCCUCAGAGGGACGACCCACAGAAGAAGAAAUUCUCCCUCCCACUGCCGUGUGACGACAGACAAGGGUGCAGUUAUUGCGCUGGGCCAAGAACGGACUGGGGACGUGAGCUCUCCGGCACCAGCGCGGAGGUGUAUUUUAUCGGUUGGCAGGGCACAGUCGUGGUUUGUGUGUUGCUGACCUGCAUCGAGAGGAAACACUAAAGAACUAUUUUUCGUUAUCA